AUGGACGACACAUCACUAACCAUGGAAGAACACCCACAAGAGCUUCCCGCUCAUUACCUCCACUCCCCGGUCGAUUCCUCUCCACGUCUCCCACACACAAUCGCCCACAGAGGAUUCAAAGGCCACUAUCCCGAGAACACCAUACUGGCAAUAGAAAAAGCCAUCCAUGCAGGAGCUCACGCACUCGAGCUCGAUCUCCACAUCUCCCGCGAUGGGAUUGUCGUACUAUCACACGACCCAAGUCUCCUCCGCUGCUUUGGGGUAAAGAAGAAAGUCAAGGACUGCGACUGGGAAUAUCUGAAAACACUUCGAACCUUGAAAGCACCCCAUGAACCCAUGCCCCGAUUGGUUGAUGUACUGGAAUAUCUACGACAACCGGGUAGGGAGCAUCUCUGGAUCUUGCUCGAUAUCAAGCAACUACCCCAGCUCAGCAAUGACCCUUCAACCAUAAUGUCCCUAAUCGCCAAAACCAUCGAGUCAGUCCCCAUACCCGCAAUCGGACCCGAUUGGCACCGCCGAGUCGUCCUCGGCUGCUGGUCCGCACGCUACCUGCCCGCCCGCGCACAGUAUUUGCCCCGAUACGCAGUGACACUGGUCUGCAUCGACGUCAGCUACGCGCGCCAAUUGCUUCAAGUUCCCGGUAUCUCCUUCAACAUCAAUCAGAGGAUCCUGAUCGGGCCUUUGGGUCGCGGGUUCCUGGAGGAGGCGCGCGCCGCUAGACGACAAGUCUAUGUAUGGACGGUGAAUGCACCGAAUAUGAUGCGUUGGUGUAUUCGACAUGGCAUAGACGGCGUGAUAUCCGAUGAGCCGGGUCUGUUUCGGGAUGUCUGUUCGGAGUGGGAAAAAGAGUGUGCGGAAGGGUUGGACCAUCCAGAUCGUGAAGUUGAUCGGAUUACAUUUCGACAGCGACUUGGGAUUCUGGCUAUUGCGCUUUAUGUUAUUUGUUUUGGAUGGAUUCUCAGAAGGAGGUACUUUACGCCUGUUGAGAGGAUGGGGUUUGAGGAUCAUAAGUCGAAAUAG